CGGAUUAUUGUUUGUUUGCUUCGCGUAAUACCUAAAUGAUGCGAUGACUGCUAAGACAAUGGAUAGUACGCCUUUGCUAGAUUCAAGCAGACCAUCAGUGUUUGCAGCAUCUCGUUACACUGAAGAAAGAGUUUUAAGAAAUGGGACUGAACACUGUACAAACAAUGGAGAUCACCGAUAUCCAAGAGAUUUGUCAAAAGCAGAUUACGUGAGACGGCUACGUUAUGCCUCACUUUGCAAGAGGAACCGGUCUGCUAGAAGCACUCCACCGCCAAUACCUGAAUUCCGACCGUCAGAAAAUCUUCUAUUGGAAGCUCAACUAGAUAUUUACGACUUGAUUGUGGAGCAGCAGGAGAUUUCGGAGAAUGUGCGAGCUCAACCAUGGCCAAUGCAUGUUAAAUUGAACUAUGUCAGAGAACUGACAACAGCUAUUGACGAGAAGAAAGAGUUUCUAGGGAAGCUAAACACAUUGAGUCAGAAAAGCUUCAAGGCCAUUGACCAAGCAGCCAAAACAGCUAAAAACUGGAGCCAAUCUUGGCCAUGGACAUUUUGGAAGGGUUCAAUAAAACUAAUUGAAGGAUAUUUUGGAAGUGGUGUUGGUGCAUACUUUUCAUUCUUGAGAAGAAUUUUUAUCCUGAACCUACUGUUGGUUUUACUCAUUUUGCUUCCUUUUGUUGUCAUACCACAGAUCAUUUCAGGGACAGGUUUUAGCUCCGAAUUUUUGAGUGGUCUUGAGAAUACAAUCAUCUUUUAUGGUUACUAUGAUACUGGAUCGUUGGCUCUUGGCUACAAUAUAUCAAUAGCAUUCCUGCUAUGCAAUGUAGGAUUUUUUGUCUUCAGUUUUGUCUACAUCAUAAGAAAGUUGUUUGAUGCACAACACAAUGCAGACUAUAAGAGUUCAGUAUUCUUUCUUGUUAGAAUGUGCACACAAUAUCAUUCUACCAAACUGGCUGGUCUCCAUAACAACUAUCCAUUCAGCUGGCUUGUUCUUGUUAGCUGGGAUUUUGAAAUCAACAAAGAGAAAGGUGCACAUUCUAAACAAGCAGCCCUUGUGACCCUGAUGAAGGAGGAACUGACAGAGGCAAAAGAGAAGCAGAAGCAAAGAACUAACAGCAUGUGCAGCAUUAUCAGUUACAGAUUUAUUUCAAAUUUGAUUGCGCUGGGAAUACUGGGAGGUAGUGGUUACCUUGUCUACUACUUUGUGAAUAGAAGCAAUGAAUGUCGAGCAUAUAAUUCCAAUGUCUUUGUUGCUCUUGUUGAGCGAUUUGAGCUGCCUUUGGUACUUUUGGCACUUCGAGUGUUUGUUCCACUUGUGUUUCAAAAGCUUGUUCUGAUAGAGCAUUGGCACCCAAGAACAGCAUUGAAAUGGACUCUUGUGAGAACAACAACCCUUUAUCUUGGAAACAUUGUGGUGCUGUUGAUCUCCCUUCUGCAAGAAGCAACUCGAUAUGACUGCCAGACACAAGGGACUAAUUCUACAGUACUCCCCACUACAAUAGUACCAACUGGAGUAGCAAGAGAAUAUUUAUGUUGUUGGGAAACAUACGUUGGAGUCGAAAUAGUGAAAGUUGUACUAAUUGAUUUCCUGGGAGAAAUAAUUGCAAUACUGGUUACAGACAUCCUACGUGCUCUGUUUGUUCACUACAUAUGUGGGCAAAGACUGAUUGGUUAUCAUGAGUUCAACAUCUCAUCAAAUGUAUUGGGCCUUAUCUAUGGCCAGGGCCUAAUCUGGCUUGGAACUUUCUUCUCCCCAUUACUCCCUGCAAUGCAAGUUGUCAAACUGUUCCUUAUUUUCUACUUUCACCGGUUUUCAAUCAUCUACACAAACAUUCCUCCUAAGAAAAUCUUCAGAGCAUCUCGUUCAGGCAACUUCCUUCAGUUCCUUCUCUUGUUCAUGCUAUUUGUCAGUACGGUUCCAUUAGGAUACACACUAGCAGUAUUGCAACCGUCAACUGAAUGUGGGCCCUUCAGAACUGAGAAUCGUGUAUACAAAGUUCUUGCUGAUGAGUUGCCUACAUGGGCCAGCAGUGUCUUGGAAGUGAUCGUUAAUCCUGCAGUUACCAUUCCAGUGAUUGUCUUCCUCCUACUUGUAAUACUGUACUACAAGGUGAUGUCAUCAUCCUACAGUAGUGUCAUAAAGGAUCUCCAAGCUCAGCUGCACUUUGAGAGACUAGAAGGAAGACGGGAAGUUUUUGAAAUUGGAAGAAAAGCCACAUCAACAUCAGCCAUUAGAAAUCCUGAGACAUAACAGUAACAGGCUACUAUAUGCUACUACUGUAUAAAGAUAAUGCUCACAGAAUGUGAAUUGUCUCAAUAGUCUCAAUCACAAUAACGUGACAUUCAUGCAU